AUGGCAAGACAAGGAUUUAAUCUUAGUCAUGUUGUUGUCCCAAUCUUCGAUGGUGAAAACUACGAUUAUUGCUGUGUCAAAAUGGAGACAUUAUUUCAAUCUUUAGAUGUGUUAGAUGAUGUCCAUAACACAUUUGAAGAGCCCUCAACAACUGAAAAACAAACGAAUGCUAAAGAAGCUUGGGAAGUUCUCAAACAAGAAUUCCAAGGCGAUGUAAAAGUAAGAGCUAUCAAAUUGCAGUCUCUCAGACGGGAUUACGAGAAUAUGAAGAUGAAAGAAAAUGAGUCACUUAAUGACUAUUCGUCUAGAUUAACUGAUUUGGUUAACCAGAUGAAAAGCUAUGGUGAUGAAAUUGAUGACCAAAGAAUCGUCGAGAAAAUUCUCAUUACCAUUCCGGAAAAAUUUGAUCCAAUUAUAGCAGUCAUUGAAAACACCAAAGAUCUCAAAACUUUGGGUAUUCAAGAACUGUUAAGUUCGUUGAAGUCUUACGAGCAACGCAUGACACGUCACACUGGCAGGGCGAUUGAAAGUGCAUUUCAGUCCAGUUUACAAAGUGAUAAAAAGCCACCACAAAGUUACGAAAGAGGGAGCUCAUCCCAUGGUGGAAGAAGAGGGAGAAAUUUUAGAGGUUGA